AUGACAAUGGGGAUCGUGGUAGAGACGUACAGGACGCACACGGCGAGAACUGCAACUUACCGGCUGCUAUGCCUGAUCUGCCUAAAGGGAGUGGCAGUUGUCGCAGUGCAGCGGAUUCUCAGCAAAGUUAUGACGGAGCUCUCGGAGCAUGCACAAGGAUAUCCACAUGAAGUCCAACGCGAUCGACUAGAGAUAGGACAAAUGGACAACUUCUGGGACUCGAAUAACAAAAUCCCUUCGCAAUCUAGGCACGACGUACCUCGCCAGCUUGCUCCUCCACUCGCCUCCGAACGAAUGUCUCAAACGCUCGAGGCAUGGCAAGUGCUCAUCAGGCUGCAGGACGAGGACAAAGUGAAGCCGAUCGGAGUGAGCAGCACGUACGAUGUCCGCACUCUCGAGCUACUUGAGAAGGCGACUGGGAGGAGAGUCCAGAUGUGUAGAAUAGGUGGUACGAGGGCAAUUGAUGGAACCGUGAGUGAAUCAUUGACGCAUCGAAUAGCAUUUACUCACAUGAUAGCCCCCGAUGUGCAUCCGACAUCGGUCAUCAUCUCGCCGUACAGUGCGUCUACGAGAAGGACUAAGUAA